AUGGGUCCCCGUCCUCCCCAAUCGCUCCUCUUUCUCUCUCUUACCUUCAUCUAUCUCCUCCGCUCCUCCUCCUCCGCCGACGACAUCUCGGCUCUGGUCUUCAAGGGAUGCGCCGACCAGAGCUUCCCGAACUUCAACGCCGUCUACAAGCAGACACUCGACACCCUCCUCGCCUCCCUGGUCUCCCAGUCCUCCGCCGCUAAGUUCCACAAGUCGACCGCCGGAGACGGAUCCCCCUCCGCCCUCAACGGACUCUUCCAAUGCCGGGGAGACAUCUCCCAGGGGAGCUGCCGCGGAUGCGUCGAGCGUGCCAGGGGCCUCGCGAGGAGGCUCUGCGGCGACGCGAUGGCGGCGAGGGUACAGCUCAACGGGUGCUACCUCAGGUACGAGAUCUCGGGGUUCCGGCAGGUGAGCGGGACCGAGCUGCUGUACAAGGUCUGCGGAUCGAGCAGGCCGUCUGGGUCAGGGUUCGAGACCCUGCUCGACUCGGCUCUGGGGGAGGUGGUCAAGGGCGUGGCAAACGGCGGGUACUACGCGGGUGCGUAUCAGUCGGUGUAUGUGCUGGGUCAGUGCGAAGGUGAUUUGAGCGGCGGAGACUGCGCGGACUGUGUGAAAAGUGCGAUUGACAGGUCCAAUUCCGUCUGCGGUGGCUCGAUUUCGGCUCAGAUUUACCUUCAGGCAUGUUAUAUCAGCUACACCUAUUACCCCAGCGGCGUUCCCAACCGACAGCAUCCAUAUUCACCGUCAGAUGGAGGGGAAGGGUCUGGGGCAGGGAGAAACACGCAGAAAACGGUGGCUCUUGUGCUCGGAGGGCUGGUGGGCGUUGGCCUGGUAAUGGCUUGCUUGUUGUUCACAAGAUCAGCUUUCAAGAAAAAGCCUUAUGCUGGCAAGUAUGGUGGAUGA